GAUAUUAUAAGGUUUGAUGUUUGUUUAGAACAUGAAGGUGUACGUGAAGACUCAAAACGCAAUGCUGUCAAUAUUGUUAUGUCAAAUCGAAAAUUGUGCCGUUGAUGGGAUUCAGCUGAGAUUGCGCGCUGAGGAACAGCGGGAAGAGAAAGCCUACGAUGAAUCAUUCAAUGUUACGGACGAUGGUCACCGGCGUGUAGAGCUAAAGGUCGACCAGUAGUACCACGUCGACUCUGUGUGAGCAAACAGUGCGUGUCAGACGGUUGUUUGAAGUUUUAAGUGACCAACGCGUCAAUUCGAUAGAAACGAAGCGAAUGACGACAGAUAUGAGAAUCAGAACGAGCCUGCUCGUCGUGAUUGUGCUCUUAUUUAUUUUCGCAGAUACAGAUGGUCGUAAAACAAGCGGACGAAGAAGCGGUAGCUCAUCAGGAUCAGCAGGAUAUGGUAGCAGUUCUCGGCGAGGUGGUGGCGGUCAAAGAGUAACAACACAACGACCUCGGACACAGACAGGUGCACCCCAGAGUAAAGUAGGAUGGAAUGUACCCCCGAACACUAAUAAUAAAGCAACCGGUACAUCGAGCAAUGCCAAACCAUCGGCUCCGGUGUCUGAGCAAGCUUCCAAGACCAGCGCGACGAAUGUACAAUCAGGAUAUCCGUCAGGAAGCCCGCCAGCGUACAGUCCAUCGGGUGGAUAUCCUCGACAGCCAGCCAACAACCCUUACAGCGGCUCGAGUGGUUACAACCAAGGAUAUCCGUCUCCCAAUAUAAAUCCGUCGUAUCCGGGAGGUCAUUCGCCCUAUGGUCAAGCUUACAAUCCGUCUAUGCACCAUAACGCGCCGCCAGCCUACACUCCUUAUGGCGGGCAUGGCGGUGGUUUCGGUCAACCCUCCUACGGUCAACCUUCCUACGGUCAACCCUCCUACGGUCAACCGUCCUACGCUCAACCAUCGUUCGUUCAACCGGCCAUCUCGCAAGCGCCAGCCCUCACCGUCCUACAACCGAGUCGACCCGGAAUCGGUCAAUUGGCCAAGGAAGCCCUGGUCUACUCUAGUGUGAGCGCCGGGGUGAGCGCGGCCGUGAAUAGGCUGUUGCCGGGAGGAAUCUACGGCAGAAGUCCGGGAAGCAGUGGCGGCGGUAGUCACACCGAGGUCACGUACAACAAUUACUAUUACAAUCAGUCGGCGCCGGCCAACGGGGAAGCACCUGCCAAUAAUAACGGCGCGCCUCCUAGUGCACCUGCCUUGUCGGCGCCGGGUCAAACGGCACCGGCUCAGACGGCACCGGCUCAAUCGGCACCGGCUCAAUCGGCGCCGACCGCGGAGGCUGAGAAGAAAGAGACCGCGUCCAGCAAUGCCGCACCACCUAUUAAUUCUCAGAACAAUGGUCCGAGCCAGCCGAAUUAUCCGAUUUCCAACGACGAGGUGAAGAAGCUGACGGAGAAUCUCCUCUCGAUGGACAAGAACAACGCGUACCAGUACAUUACGGUGAAUCUGCAGGGUGAGACGAAGGAAGAUGGUACCACGGAUGACGCUUCUUUGCCCCUACUGGACGUGAAACCCGAAGCGUAUGAAAUUCCGACGAUUAAAAGCGUGCUGGCGUUGCACGAUAAUUACGAGAUGGAUGUGAAGACGAAGGAGACCGUCACGCCCGAGGAACGAAAGGAGGAGUCCGAGCUGCUCGACAAGUUCUUGGAAACUGACGUGUUUAAAACGGCGAUGAAGUUCCUGGUCGACAAGGAAUUUAUUCCAAAUGACGAGUAUGAGUUCAGGGACACCCUGAGACGCAUCUGGUUCUCGCAGUUCCAGCGUGUCGAGGGAGAACCGUCCAGUUCCGGCUUCGAGGCCGUAUUUUUGGCGGAAAAACUCGAUUCCUUUAUGAUCGGGCCGCAGAAUUGGAUCUACUUCGCCAAACAAGAGGCGCAGAAGAAGCUCGAUUAUCGCGGCUACAUAAAGGAUGUGAAACUAGGAGACAAGGGGGAGGCCAUCAAGAUACGUUCGGCGUUUAAUAUACCGGACACGAAACAUGCAAUCUCGACUCUUCUCGUGGGUCUCUCACCCGAGUUGGAGAUGGCUCUUUAUACAGUAUGCUUCUACGUUCGUCCGAACGACGUCUGUCCGAUCUCGUUAAGUGGAAAGGACAUUAAUUUAGUUUCUACGAGAUUCAAUUACUUCGGCAAAGAUAUUUUGAUCGCCGGCUUUAUUGCGGGAUAAAACUCAGAAUUUAGAAAUUGCUGUUAUUUUAGAUAAGUUUGCAUAAGAUCCAAAAUUUAAGUAGACACGCUAAAGAUCGAAGCAUUCGGAUGAUUUUCAUUUUUAUCGCGAAACAACUCAUAGAUUGAAAUAUUUAUAUCGUAGAGAUACCUAUAUACUGCUUUUAGUUUAAUUUAAUUGCAUCUAUACAUGUAUCUGUCAUGAUAUAUUAUAGAAAGCGCCUUUCACAUGUUUUUAUCUAUGUACGAAUUAAAAUUCUAAAAAGGCGACGUAAUCUCGAAUCACCUAUCUUUGUAAUAAAAAUUGGAAAAAAGUGCAAUCACAUAUAAAAUAUUAUACAUACCUCGGACAUCCUGACGCCCCUUUUUUCUAAUUCCGAAAGUUCCAUCACAGGUAUUAUAGUUGGUCGUCCAUGUGCGCAUCGAUUAGGAAACUUUGUAAAUUUCAGCAAUUUUAUAAGAUCCUUACACUGUUCCAGAGUUAGUUUAUCACCAAAUUUUAUGGCACCUGAAGAAAGUUCGAAAAAUGAUGGCAGAGUCUUUAAAUUAAUUGCAAAUAAAUUCUUUACAGUGCUUCGAAAUAUAAUACUGGCAAUAAUAUUGAUAAUGGCAAUUAACAUCAGUAAUUAUGCAAGUUUUAUUAUCUGCCUAAUACGUACCAUGACAAGCUUCCGAUGCUAUAGCAUUAUGAAUAGUUAAUGGCAAUGUAUUUGGACGACUUGUGCUAUGAUUUUUUAAUAUGUCAUUUAAUAAACUAUAAAUUUUCGGCAAUA